AGCUGCGCGGCGCAGGGGUGAGGCGCGGUACCUCUGAGCGUAUCACAGAGACGCGGAAUACAGACAAUUUACUGAUUUAAGUUGAUUCAUUCUAGCUUGAUAUUACCAUGAACAAGAGCUGCAACCUUUGGAGUCCUUCAGAGGAAUAAUUAAACGGACAGCGGAGUUGAAAUCGCGACGGAAGGUUUGGGGAUGAAGAGAACCGCUGGAAGUGAACGGUGAUUUCUCUUCUCGAGGAUUAAACGGCGUAUAUUAAAUUCCUGCACCUGCUCUCCUGUUAAAGGAAUAUUGCCUUAAACACAACCAGGGCUUUCUAGUAUAUGCCGAGGAUAAAACAUUCCUCUUGAUUGUAUACGCCAAAGUCUGUUCGCUCUUCGGAUUUAAGGACAUUUGCGAAUCGCAGUUUGUUUAAUUGGCAAAGCACUUAUUUAUCUAUCUAUCGGAUUCGUGUCAGCAGAAUAAGCUGUCGUUUUUACUGGAGUUUGCAAUUUCCUACUAAGCCUUACUCGGAGAUUAUUCCAGUAAGUAAACGCGUAAAAAUUCUGACCGACGACGGAAUCUUUUACGGUAACGUUAGUUCAAAACGCAGUUAACGGAGCGCAAUUGAAAAACGGCAUUUUUUGGAAACAGCUCCUCACUUUGAUCCUCCGUCUCCUAUUUAACGAAAAACAGAUCGGGUUCAUUAAAAAAAAGAAGAGAUCUUAAAAGGAUCAACGAUCCUGCAGAAGAAGCUGUUUUGGAUGACUUCUUUCUUCUUCUUCUUUUUUACGCGUGUGAAGAACGCAAAUAAAAGGAAAUCAACUUAUAAUAAUUCAACUGAAUAUACCAGGGAUUAUACAUUUUUUGCCAUUUCAUCUAAGGACAGAAUGAGAUAUUGAUUUUUUUCUCUCUCUCAUCAUUUCCCCCUCGUCUGUUCUUGUCCUUUCCUGUUAUCGCCAACCUGCAUGGAACUCUAGUCAGCACCACAGAGCGAUUUAUGUCGGCCUCGGCAAGCCAGUGUCUGUAGAAUCAUACCUGCGUCUGCGCAGUCAUGCUGGCCUGUCUGCAGAGGAGGCAGAACCCUGCACCCCAGCACGCCACGGCCGUCUGCAGCAGCAGCAGCAAGAGUCUCGAGCCAACGCAACACAUCAACCGCAAAUGUGAGCUGACUGUCCCCAUGCCUUCCCCGCGCUACCCCAGCGCAGCAGAGCUGGAUGCCUACGCGCAGAAGACGGCCAACAGCCCUCUGUCCAUCAAGAUCUUCCCCACCAACAUCAGGGUACCCCAACACAAGCACCUUAACCGGACUGUGAACGGAUACGACACCACUGGACAGCGCUACAGCCCCUACCCACACCUCCACACAGGGGGCUACCAGGGUCUGUUAGCGAUGGUCAAAGUCUCAUUGUCGUCAUCCUCAUCUUCCUCGUCAUCUUUCGCACCCUCCACAAAGGGCGUCCUCAAAAACUCAGAGGGCAGGAGGACUAAGUUGUCUCCGGCGCAGAUAGCAGUGGCUCCUUAUCCGCCUCCCAACAGCAGCACUUUAGGUCAUUGCCACGGACAGAUUGUGUACCACACAGGGCCUCCCAAACCGCCAGAGGCCACCGCUCUGGCGGUCCCCCCUAAUGUCACUGUGGCCGGCUCCAUGAUCCCUGUUGCGGGGGGCCGAGGAUUGAACCUCCCUCCUCAGUCGAAUCUUCCCUCCAUCCAGAGCAUCAUUUACCAGAUCAACCAGCACUGCCAGGCCCAGGCUCUACAGCAGGUGUGUCAGAACGGGGCAUCGACGGGACCUCCGAACCCCAGCCCGUCCAAACCGGGCACCGCUAACUCCUCAGGGGGGACUUACGUCACUAGUGUGGCUCCGCAGGGAAACAUGGCCUAUUCAGGGACGGUGCUGCCAGGGCACAACUGUGAGGCGAUGAAGGCCGGGGUGUAUCCCGACGGUAUGGACUACCUCCUGUGGCAAAAACAGCAGCAGCAGCAGGUGGUUUUGAGGAUGUACAGCGAAGGGAGCGGAGGCGGAGGCGCCAUAAGCAAGUCGCCCGAAACCUGCGCCCCAGGAGGGUCCAUCAUGCUCAGAGGGGCGCAAGUGUCCUCCUCCAGAGGUUACCCGAUGACGGCCAGUAUGAGUGGCGGGGGUGGGCUGGACAAGGUCAGCUCCUCCCCUUUGAACUGUGUGGGGAUGCAUGGGAACUUUUCUGUCGGUCAGUACUUUGCACCGCCGUGGAACAGCGUUCUGGUGACGCCGGACAGCGACUGCUACAACCCACAGGAGCUUCCAGGAGCUACGACCACAGCUGGACCGGUGACGGGACACAGGGAGCUGGGAUUCCCCCACCCUCACCAGCACCCUCAUCAUCAUCACCACCACCAUCAUCAUCAUCAUCACCACCCGCCCAUAGACAGCACGGGUGGUCUGUGCUGCAGUUUGCCCAGUAAGAGUCUAUGUAAUACGUCAGUGUUGAGCAGCAGUCUGCAAUCACUGGAAUACCUGAUCAAUGACAUCCAUCCUCCCUGCAUCAAGGAGCAGAUGUUGGGGAAGGGAUAUGAGACCGUGUCUGUGCCGAGACUAUUGGACCACCAGCAUGCACACAUCCGCCUCCCUGUUUACAGAUAAGAGACGGGGCUGACCGAUAUAAAGAGCGACUGCAAAAUCUUUAAUCACAAACUGCAGUUGUUGCCAUUGCCUAGAUUUGCAGUGGAGUUUGGUGAUCCUGCUCAAAGCAGACUGGGGGAGAUCUGGAUCAGAAUACGGUUGGGUGAAUGCUGGAAAGCCAAUCGGUGCCUCUCGGCUCAGAGCUGGGAGAGAAUUGCUGGCUGGGAAUUGGAAUGUUCCUAAAUGUGGAUUCUGUGAUUCUUUUCUCUCUUUUUGCCAAGAGGGAUUUUUUUUGUUGUUUUCCAAUUGUUUCUCUAUUUUUCCUU